ACUAAAAUUAGGACCUUCUCACCAAAGACCCUUCGCACCAAAGGUACGCACCCUGUUAUUAUACUCAUAUUUAUGGAUCUAUCCUGAGAAAUUUAGCUUGUUAUGAGAAAUUGCCGGGUAUGUCUAUAUUUAAGAUCUGCUGCUCGUAGACUAUAAGGGGUUACCAUUUAUCAAAAAGGUGAUUUUAAAGCUUAGUUAACAUUGUAAAUACUAAAAGUGAAGGUAAUUUAGUAACCAACUUUUCUUAUGCUGUGACCAAGCAGUGUUCAGACAACUGGAUGGAUGAUAAAGAGGGCAAAGUAGACCGAUUUGAUUGGAGUGAUAAUAAGGGAACAUCUGGAAUUUGGAUGUGGAGUAAAGUGUUUUACAUUUAUGGAUCUGACGGUACAAAGUUUGGAGUCUUACUGAUGGACACCCAAGGAACUCCUGAUCCAUACUCAACGACAAAUGAGAAUGCACUAUUAUUUGCUCUUAGCACGUUAUUAAGUUCUGUACAGAUUUAUAAUUUGAAAUCCAAUAUUAACGAUGCAGAUCUGCAAUUCCUUCAGCAAGUUGUUAGAUAUGGAACCGCAGUUAAAGGAGACAAGAAGCCUCUUCAAUCCCUGAUAUUUCUUAUUCGGGAUUGGCAGAAUCAACAUGAGUGCAACUUUGGCAAAGAUGGUGGAAUCAAACUCCUUACAAAAUGCAUGGACAAAAACCAAGACCUAAAAAAAUCCAUUCAUCAGGUGUUUGAAAAAAUUAAGUGUUUCCUUAUGCCUCGCCCAGUAGAGGAUGCUUGGGAUACUUCCAUUUGUGACGUUAAAGACAUUACUGGAAGAUUCCUAGUUCAGAUGAAGAACUUGUUAAAGAUUUUGUUUUCAUCAGAAAUAUCGGAAGCUAAAGAGAUUGAUGGCGUCGACGUUACAUGUGCAGGAUUACUUAAGUAUUUUCAGUUAUAUGCGGAGUCUGUCAAUAAAGUCAAGUUUGAAAUUACAUCACAAAUAGAGCAGCCAUGUCGAGAGUAUUUGCAUCUCGGUGGUGGCAACGACAGUGGGAACAGAGGUAGAAGUGGCGCAAUGGCAUCAGUAACUGAAAUCACAACAGUAGCCAAGAAAAAUGGCAAAAGUGAUUUUGUAUGCAAGUCUGGCUGUGUGGAUGGGCAUCCAGUACAAAUAGUGGAGGUUAAAAAUAAGCAACUUGAACUGUAUGAAGACAGACUAGAAAGUAUCUUGAUGCAACCCAGGUUGAAAGAUAUUCCAGUGGUGGUUUUGUCAGUUGCUGGGGUGUCUCGUGCUGGAAAGUCAUUUUUACUCAACUUGUUUAUCAAAUACUUCUCCCACAAUUGCUCGCCAACCUGGAUGGAUGACCAGGAAAGUACACUAAAUGGAUUUGUUUGGGAAGGUGGUUCUGAUAGAGUAACCACUGGCAUCUGGAUGUGGAGUAAAGUUUUUAUUACUGGACCAGCUGAUAGACAAUUCGGUGUCGUUUUGAUGGAUACUCAAGGAACACAAGAUAAAUACACACCCAUGAGACUAAAUGCUUCAAUGUUUGCACUUAGCACAUUAUUGAGCUCCAUACAGGUAUAUAAUAUCAAAUCCGAUAUCAACGAAGCAGACCUCCAAUUUCUUCAACUAUUUGUUGGGUAUGGAAUUGCAGUUAAGAAUGACAAUAAGCCUUUCCAGAAACUGCUGUUUCUUAUUCGAGAUUGGGCAAGUCAAUAUGAAUGUUCAUUUGGAAAAGCUGGCGGCAUGAAACGCCUUAAGAAAUGCAUGGAAAUAUCUCCAAUGCAAAGUGAAGAAAAUAUACAGUUAAGAAAAUCUAUUUAUGAGGUGUUUGAUAAAAUAAUGUGUUUUCUCAUGCCUCACCCAGGGGAUGAAGUUUGCGAGGGUGUGAGCAAGGGUCAAUUUAAAGACAUUCCUGAUAGGUUUAAAAAGACGGUGAGGGAAUUGGUACAGCUUUUGUUUUUAUCAGAUGUGCCUGAGCUCAAAAGAAUUGAUGGAAAAGACGUGACAUGUGAAAGCCUAUUCAAUUAUUUUAAGAGGUACAUGGAGGUUAUCACUGAUGGAGAGCUGUUUGAAGUUGAAGGCAUACCUGAGGCGAAUGCAAUAGCACAUGGUAGGAAAUCUUACCACGAAGUGAUGAUGGAAUUUGAAAAACAAAUGAAUGAG